AUGUCAGAGAUGGAAAGUAUUGCGGGAGUGCAAACUUCAGCCCCAGGUUUGGAUUACACACAUGUCAGUCUCACACAGCAAAUGGACACGCAGAAUGUCCGACAUUUUGAAUUGGAUGUGUUCGCUGAUCCCGCCGGUGGCCUAUUUCGCGACUAUGCCGCUCUGAAAAUGCUGAACAGAGACACGGCACAGCCUGGCCUGGAUCAACCCGGAUACAAAGUGUUGCAUAUUCAGGAUAUUGAUCCCCUCUCAGUCUGCCUCACAUUGGUGGAGUGCCUAACGGAAAUCAAGGCUUGGUCUACAGCAAACUCCCACCAUGUACCAAUGAUGAUUUCGAUCCAGGUGUCGGAAGAUCCGAUUAUCGAUCCCUUAGCACUCGGAUUCACUACGCCCGUGCAAGCCGACUUGACAGAGUUGGAAGCUGAGAUUAGAAGUGUUUUCACUGUAGACAAUAACGCGUUAAACGCGAGUGAUAUCAUCAUGCCCAACCACAUCAUGGCCCUGGGAAAUCAAACGGACUUGCGAACCACAGUCACUACUGUUGGUUGGCCAACACUUGCCCAAACUCGUGGCAAAGUGAUCUUCACACUCCAAGGCCCCGGUGGAAUCAACACGAGAUACGCCAACGGCGACGCAACACUCCAAGACAAACUCAUGUUCGUAUUCAGCGAACCUUCGAGUGGUGACUGUGCAUUUGUACUUCGCAACCAAGUGCUGCAGCCACAGUCAGCUGGCAAUGACAUUAGUAGUCUAGUGGCCGAUGGGUACAUGGUGCGCACCAGGACAGAUGCUAUCACCAUAGAGGCACGUUCGGGUGAGACAACUCAGCGUGAUGCAGCAAUUGGUCAAGGUCAGAGCACUUCGGGUGCCCAGUACAUCUCCACCGACUAUCCCGCAACUCUAAGU